ACCCGCGUCAGUUUCUUCACGGCUCUCAAAGGACUUACUAGAGAUCACUAUAAUCAUCGCUCAGAAGUGCUAUUCAUAUGUUUUACUAACUAAAUACACUUUAUAAGGUACAAAGCGGCUGUUCGACAGCAAUUUAGCCACUUAAAACCUGAUUUGUCCAAGAAUAGGUCGUUAGGAAACUCUAGAAAGCGCACUUGGUGAGCGCAGGUGACCUGGACGCGCACCUGUGAGAUCUGCAACUAUGGUCGAAGUGUUUUCUGCCCGAACUCUUGUGAAUAAAGAAGGAGACGUGGUCGAGCCAGAAGAAGCUCUCAGAAAUAAAGUAGUUGGCCUGUAUUUUUCGGCCGGAUGGUGUCCACCCUGCCGAGACUUUACACCUUUGCUGUGUGAUUUCUACACGGAGCUCGUGGAGGAGACCGAGCCACCUGCGCAGUUUGAAAUCGUGUUUAUAUCCUCUGAUAAAUCCUCGGAAGACAUGGUGGAGUAUUACCAUGACAUGCACGGGGACUGGCUGGCCCUUCCCUGGACGGAUCCGUACAAACAUGAACUGAAGAAAAGAUACAACAUCACCGCUUUACCAAAGCUGGUGAUCGUGAAGGAGAACGGUGCGGUGAUCACAGAUAAAGGCAGAAAGCAGAUCCGGGAUCAGGGGCUCACGUGCUUCAGAAGUUGGCUUGAAGUGGCAGAAAUCUUCCAGAACUUUAAAGUCUAGGACACGUUUGGAGCCAUUCCCUGCUCACCAAAUCUCCAAGGGCUGUUUAUAACCUUUCAAGUUUAGAAAAUAGACAAAACCUUAUAUGCAACCUUGCACAAACGUUUGACUGUGAAUGCUUUUGCUACUUUAUUACAUUUAUAGAGCUGUUUUGGUAAGAAUGUCUAUUUUUCUGAAUGUACACAAAUGAAUGUUGUGAAUCUAUGCAUUUAAUCUGAUGUUCAGAGAACAGUUUUGAGAUGUUUACUGGUUCUGUUGUUAUGGUUCAUCUAAACGGUUUCUAUUCCACUGUGUCUUAUUAAAGCGCUCGUUUAUCGUCCUUUGAGAGUUUUUAUUCCACAACGCUCAGUUCCCCAUCAGUGUAUGUUUUGCUUUCAGCUGCAGUAUGUCAACACCGAUGUGGCUAAUGAACACAUCUUCUGGGAUUUUGAUUGUUCAUAUCACAACUAUACUAUGACUACACUUGACCAUAAAACAUAAUAAAGGAUUUAAUUAGCAAUAUGACAUUGAGAUGAGACUACUUUGCUAUUUCAAUA